ACAUAUUAUACAAAUAUUCUUGGAAAUAAUUCAAAAUCCUAUAUAUGAAUCGACGAAAGUGAAAUAUUUUGGAAACAGCUAUCCACUUUUGAGGGAUCUUAUGUCUUCAAUUGAUAUGCUUUUUAUAAAUACAAAUCAAAUUUUUCACACCAUUAGACCAUUGACACCAGCUACCGUUACCAUUGGCCCGUUCAUUCACAUAAAACCACCAGUGAAUUUGCCAGAAGAAUUGAAACUAUUUUUGGACGAAGCCAAAGAGGGAGUCAUUUACAUCAGCUUAGGCUCAAACAUGAAGAGCAAAGAUAUUCCGGAGAAAACGCGCGAUAUUAUUUUGGAAACUUUCAGCAAACUUCCAUAUAAAAUCUUAUGGAAAUUCGAAGCGGAAACUCUACCCGGAAAACCUGAUAACGUCAAAAUAGUUAAGUGGCUUCCACAGCAAGAUGUCUUAAGACACAAAAAUAUUAAAUUAUUUAUUAGUCAAUGUGGAUUGCAAUCGUUGGAGGAAAGUAUGUACAAUUACAUACCCGUUCUCGGCUUACCUUUGUUUGCCGAUCAGCCGAGCAAUGCUUUUAAGCUAGAAUUGAAAGGUUUAGGGUUAAUCUUGGAUUACAAAGAAUUAACGGUUGAAAAAUUUACAUCCAGCAUCAAUGAAAUUAUCAACAAUCCAAAGUACAAAAACAGAGUCAAAGAGAUAACAAAUUUAGUCAAGGAUGAACCACUGUCGGGUUUGGAGAAAGCAGUCUGGUGGACGGAGUACCUCUUGAGGAACAAAGGGGCGCAACAUCUGAAAGGUCCCGCUAUUGAUUUUCCCACGUAUCAGUAUUACUACUUCGAUAUUUUUUCUUUAUUCCUGUUUGUUCUAUUUUUCGUAUUAUCGUUAAGUUAUUUGCUAAUCAAAAAGUGUUUAUCAAUGUUUGUUAAAAAGAGUAAACGUGAUUAACAUGAACUAUAGCCUGUUAGCUUAAAAUAGUGCUUCU